AUGAUUGAAAUCGAAAGUUGCGUUUAUGUUCCAGAAGAACCUCCAUUCGUCAAUCGACAACAUUAUCUCAUUCAAGAUUCAACUCCCUGGGCUUGUACUGAGACCACAACGGUCCCUUUAUUAGGACAUCUUUUUGAUGUCUAUACUCCUGCUCCUCGCGGUGAUUCCGACGACGCUGCUUCUUGGUUAACGUUUCAGGGCCGCUGCAUCGCCCGCUAUUCUGAGGCAAACAUAGCCGUUUUGUGUAACGCCUCGGCAUACCAUAACGAGAUUCCUCACCGACAUCGACGUAUACCUUUCCCUAUCGUCAGAGGUUAUCUUAAAAUUAUUGACCAAGGCGUCAGCUGUCUCGCCUUAGACCCAGACGUUUCGGACUCUGCCCUGUUCCGUUUCAGCGCAGAGUCCUCAGCGGUUCAAAACUUGCUCUGUGACCUAAAACCAGGGCAAAUAGUAUACCUUUCAGCUUAUCUGACUAAACAUUUGAGCGGUAUUGUAGACUUACAAGUCUCCACUCUAAACACCUCUUAA